CUUCCGCCGCAGUCAUAGCCAGCCCCUCCGCUCCGUGCCGGGGGAGGAGCCCGAGACCCGGAGCGGCGGCUCUGGCGGUCGUGGCGAUCCGAGGUCCAAGAGCUUUGCUCCUUAGAAGAGCCUGUGGCUGUCCCAACUGGGUCUACACCUGACAAUCACUGGAAUGCAACUUCAGGCCUUAGAAGAAAGUGAAACUAAUUUAAAAGGCCCCUUAUCCCAGUUACCUGCCUGCUGAAGUGAAAAUAGAUCUCCCUGCUCCUUUAUUCUGAACUGAUUUGACUUGUCCAGCUCAAAAAGGUACACAGGGAGCAGGAGCCCCUGCUGUAUUGGAAGCCCUCCUAAGUCAGAGCCAUGGGUCAGGAAUCUAGUAAGCCUAUAUGGCCCAAACCAGGAGGGUAUCAGUCUAAUACAGGCAGGAGGUAUGGAAGAAGGCAUGCUUAUGUCAGUUUCAGGCCAUCCACCAGCCAGCAGGAAAGGAUUGCCAGCCAGAGAAAGACUACAUCCGAAGUCCCAAUGCACAGAUCAGCCCCCAGUCAAUCCACCAAGAGAAGCCGGUCGCCAUUUUCCACCACUCGUCAUAGUUGGGACGACUGUGAGAGCUCAGGUGCCAGCCCGAAUGCUGAAAAUGAGGACUAUUCCAGGUAUCUGCCAAGAGAGUACAGGGCUUCUGGGAGCAGAAGAGGAAUGACUUAUGGACAUGUUGAUGCUUUUGGGGCAGAUGAUAGUGAGGAGGAGGGGGCUGGGCCUGUUGAGCGACUGCCAGUGAGAGGGAAGACUGGCAAGUUUAAGGAGGAUAAGCUGUAUGACCUGGAAAAAGGGGCAGAGUCUCUGGCAGGGGUGCCUCCCCACUUUGCCAGUUUCAACCACAACGUGAGAGAGGAGUUUGACAAGUUCGACCCAUCCCCUGCGGCAAGACGCUCUGCUACCAGAGCAGAGUUUCUGAGACAACAUAGCGUGGCUUCUCAGACAUCUGUGGAAGACAGUGGAGACAUCUUGGAGAGGGAGAGACAGGAGCAUAAUUUCUGUGCACAGGCCAGCAGGGCCCCUGUGAACAUCUGUGAUGGCAGGGAAAACACCCCAAAGAAUGCAGAGGAACCAGUAGUGAGGCCUAAAGUCCGAAAUGUGGCAAGUCCAAACUUCAUGAAACCAAAAAUAUUUUUUGAUACCGAUGAUGAUGAUGAUGAUGAUAUGCCACACAGUACGUCCAGGUGGAGGGACACUGUCAGUGCUGAUGAAAGUCGCUCAGCUGGCCUAGCAAGAAGAGGCAGAGGUGAGAGUUCAAGUGGUUACUCUGAGCUGAAGUACCCUGAAGACAAGAGGGAAGCCAGGAAUGACCAAGUGAAACCAGAGAAGGUGCCCAGGUGGCGACGAACCGUGGUUGACCCUGACUUCUGGACAUACAAUGAGGAGAACAACAGAUACUUUGAUGAAGACUCUGACAGUGAGAAAGAAUGGAUGGCUGCCCUACGCUGGAAGUAUAGAAGUCGAGAGCAGCCCCUGUCAUCCAGUGGUGAGAGCUGGGAGACUCUGCUGGAAAACGAAGAGCAGGAACCUCCACAAACUAGAGUGAGCAUGAGUGCUGCUGGUGUCAGCUCUGGCCCCGGUGCCCAAGUCAGUGAGGUUGCCAGCACCAGUGCUGGUGCCAGUGCAGGUGCUGGUAGCAAGGGUAGUAGCUAUCUUGAGGAAGUUCAAGAGCCAUCCCUUCAAGAAGAGGAACAGCCAUCCCUGGAAGAAGGAGAAAUUCCUUGGCUCCAGUACAACGACAAUGAGAGCAGCAGUGAGGGAGAUAAUGAUUCUGGUCAUGAGUUGAUGCAGCCUGGGGUAUUCAUGCUGGAUGGAAACAACAACCUCGAAGAUGACUCCAGUGUCAGCGAAGACCUCGAAGUGGAUUGGAGCCUCUUUGAUGGCUUUGCUGAUGGGCUAGGAGUGGCUGAAGCCAUCUCUUACGUGGAUCCUCAGUUUCUCACCUACAUGGCCCUCGAAGAGCGCCUGGCCCAGGCGAUGGAAACUGCCCUUGCGCACUUGGAGUCCCUUGCGGUGGACGUCGAAGUGGCCAAUCCGCCAGCAAGCAAGGAGAGCAUUGACGCUCUUCCUGAGAUCCUGGUCACUGAAGAUCAUGGUGCGGUGGGUCAGGAAGUGUGCUGUCCAAUCUGCUGCAGCGAGUAUGUGAAGGGCGAGGUGGCAACUGAGUUACCAUGCCAUCACUACUUCCACAAGCCGUGCGUGUCCAUCUGGCUUCAAAAGUCAGGCACCUGCCCUGUGUGCCGCUGCAUGUUCCCUCCCCCACUGUAACGACUAGGGCUCUUUAUUCCUGGUUUCAUCAUCAUCCCCGUGUGAAACACACUACUGCGGGAGCCCUCUCAGAAGUCAUGCAAAAUGAAGCCAGUUGGUCAAUUAAACUAAACCUGUUGAUUCCUUGUGAUUAUUUCUAAUGUGAAAUGGCUGUGUAUGAAUGCAUUAAAAAUCACUUGUCAUUUAGAGGUUAGAAAGGGCCAACUAAACUUUCUAAAUGCUACUUGACAUUUUCUAACCUGAAAGUUGAAAUAAUUCACAUUUAUUUUCUUCAGUAGAUAUGUUGCUCUUAAUUGUAAUGUCAAGUUUUACAUGUUAAAUAUGUCCCAAAAGAAAUCAUUUUUGUUGCAUGUUCCAGGUUAAUGUUCCUGUAAUUGCAGUGCUAUAAAAGCUUAUUAAAGUCUUUUGGUUUUACAUGGUA